AAUGUCUCACUGGGCCGGUCUCCUCUCCACUGCUGCCAAGGUCAACCUGCUGGUCUUGGUGGUUUCUGCGGUGUUUUCCCAGUCAAGCCUAAGCGACAGAGUUCCUGAGUUCGCCCUUACAAAAAUAGAAGAGAGCGACAUAAAAGAUGACAGCGGGAAAGAGCCGAUAACAGAAGAUGAUGCUGAUCCUGAAGACCUGGAAGUGUUUUACCCCACGCAUCAGUGGCAAACCGUCCGUCCAGGUCAAGCUGUUCCUGCAGGGUCACACGUACGAUUAAAUCUGCAGACGGGAGACAGAGAAGCCAAGCUCCCAGAUAGCGAGAACGGAAGAAGUGACACGAGAGAAGAGAGAAGAAGAAAAAGGCUGGGCAAGGUGGAUGUUGACUCAAAUUCAUUCACAUCCCAGGAGCUCAAAAAAGCGUUGGCUAAGAUGAAGGAAACCGAGAAGGCAGAAAGGAAGGCCCACGAGGAAGAGGUGAGGAAGAAGUUCCGGCCCAUAGAGCAGCUGAAGGAGGAGUUUGAAAAGCUGAAUGUGAAGAUGGAAACAGAUUAUGAAAUUAUGGUUAAAUUAAUCAGCAAAUUCAACAGCUCUGCCUCCACGCUGGAUGAAAAAGUAGCGGCGCUUUAUGAUCUUGAAUAUUAUGUUCACCAGGUGGACAAUGCGAAGGACUUCCUCUCCAUGGGUGGACUCCAGCUUGUGAUCGACGGGCUGAACAGCACCGAGGCCGUGCUGAAGGAGCAUGCUGCCUUCGUCCUGGGAUCCGCGCUGUCCAGGUGAGCUCUUC